GUAAGGCAACAAUUUGAGAGGCCGUCCCUGCAUUUGCUGUUAUCGGUUAUCAGUAUUACACUAAUCUGUGUACAAACAUUGCAGCAAAAAUCUAUAACGUUACCACUGAGUCAUCUCUUAUCUACCAUGAUUAGUCGACAACUAAAACUUUGAAUAGACAGUAAACCAACUGCGAUUUUUGGCAACAAACAGAAAAAAUCAAAAUGAGCGAUCAAGAAGGAGUACUUCUAGAAAUGGAAGAAAUCUCACCACCAAAAGCAGAAAUUAAUACUCAAGAUAAUCGAAAAUAUUUCAAAAUUUUACGGAAAGUCAUGAGCGCCUGUAGACCGAACAACAUCGACUUCAACAAAAUCGAAUUUCUGAAACAAAAAUAUGGAGUUCUUAAGUCGGUGCAAGUUUUGGAUGUCGCAGAUAAAGAAUAUAUCCGAAAUCUCGAAUCGGCAAGUGGUAAGAAGCAGUUCAUAGAAGAAGUUCGACUUGGAUUGUUGAACAAGUUUUAUGAAAUAUGUGAACAGUGUGAAAGUGAUAAAAGCGAUUUGCUGUUUUUCGCGGCAGCAAGUUGUCAGGAGAAAAAAUUAAUCGAAAUAAUUAGCACUAGUAGCGGUGAGAUUCUCAAUCAACCAAGAUACUGUGACUCUGUUCUAGUUUUUACGCUCAAAUACGGAAACGCUUCAGGAGAAAAAUUUUUUGACUGCAUAGGUCGGUUAAUCGACGCGGAAGUAGAUAUAAACAAGCCAGAUUUUAAUGGCAAAAUCGCCCUCCAUCGUGCUAUUUUCAUGUGGAAGGCGUCUAAAGAAGCAAAGUUGAGAAGCAAGCUCGAAACAUUGAUUAAAAAAUUCAUGCAGAAGGGGGUAUGUUGGAACUUUCUAGACGAACAAACGAAAACCGUUAUUGAGGAAAUCAGUAAAGAAAACUAUCCUAAGUUGGAAACAGCACAGGAUGAAAAUCUUAAUAAAUCGAAUACCGUCAAUCAACUUUUUUACUGGAUUGGUGGAGAAAAGAUACGCGAGUUUUUACAGUUUAAGAACAUUCGUGAAAAUGUCGGUUGCGACAACGGGGAAUUCACGCUGUUACAGUUUGCUUGCAAAAAGUCAGGAAAAAUGUAUCCAGUAGUUAAGUUUCUGUUAAAGAAUGGCGCCGACCCAAAUCAAACCACAAAAUUGUACCACCAACAUCCUCUAGAAAUAGCAGCACAACACAGACACAAACAGAUCUUCAUGGAAAUCUUAAAGAACAAGAAACUCGUAAUCACGGAAGAAAUAUUUAACCAAUUUGUGAGAUGGGGAUCGAAAGCUUUGAUAUUCAAAUAUUUUGAAAUGCUUUUAGAAUCGGAUAAACUUGAUUCAUAUUUUAAUGGAGGUUCAGGAAAUACUCCGUUACAUUACGCUGCGUACUUCAACUGCAGAAAGUCAAUUCACAAGAUACUCAACCGUCCCGAAAAUCUGUUGCUUGCUCGAAACGAAACUGGCCAGAGUGUUUUAGAUAUAGUUUCGGAUAAAGCUCUAGAGGCACAUUUCGAUGACUGUUUAGUUCUGGAAAGACGCACCGAUUUUGCCCUAGAGAACUGUAAGAUGCGUUUCUGUUUCAAGUCUUUGAUUUCGACGCAAAAUAACCGAAGCAACGAAGUUGGAGUUCUCUUGAACAUUUCAGAAAACAAGAACUUAGAACGACUGGUGACGCAUCCACUAAUUAAUAUUUUUUUAGAACUGAAAUGGUUUAAGGUGGAAUUGUACUAUUGGGUAAUUCUGGUACUGCAAUUUUAUUUGUUUCUAAAUUUGAGUGCAUAUUUUUAUUUGUUAACCGAUUCAAUGAACAAUUUGUGUUUUUGUGUAUUCUUUUUAACGCUUAAUACCGUGUUGAAACUUAUAUUCAUCAUAAUUUCGCUCAUUAAAACUAGGCGGUUGAACUGUCACUAUAUCUUGGAAUUAAUUCUUAUAUCAACGCUUGUGGUAGGGAUUUUCUUACACAUCUUACGGAUCUUUGCUUUUGCGGAAAUGUCAAUCUUGCUACUACUAACAGCCGGCUAUCACCCGAAGAUUGCCAAAUGGACUGUCAUCUUGAAACAAUCGUUCAAAAUCUUAGCCAUUCAGUUAGCGUUUUUCUCCUUAGUAAUAGCAGCCCUUGUUAUGUCUUUCAAUUUGCUCGCCAAGGACAAAAAGUAUAAUUGUUUUGAAAGCAUCAGCAAGUUACUUUUUGAGACGCAAACGACGGGUGAAUCUGGCUACGAUGGAAAUUUUUAUUUUCAUGUUGUCUUGGGUUGCAUCUUUUUUGUCUUCACCAUCUUCAUAGUUAUGGUUAUGGUUAACUUCUGGAUAACCGUUGCCAUUAAUACAGCAAACACUGUCGAAAAUAAUGCUGAAAUUAACGCGUUCAAGAAUGUUAUAACUUUUAUAAACUAUAUUGAGACUGAUUUUUAUUGCAACUUUAUGCGAAUAUUUUUACCAAGCCCUUAUAUUUUUACCAAUAACAAUAAAAAGUACGAAAUCGAUUUUUACAUGAACAAAAAAAAUCAAUUUGGAAACGAUAAGACUUUACCGGGCAGAUUGACGGAGGACUGUAUUAUUAAAAUUAAGGCGUUCUGGAGUAAGUCGAAGCGACACUUCAAGUGAUAAACGCAUUUUGAGAAAGUUAGAAAAGUGGAAGGAAAGUUAUAAUGAAAACAAACAUAAAAAAUAGUUGACAGAGUGAAAGAAUCAAAGAUGGAUAAGAACUGUGUUAUAAUUAAUUUAUUUUUUUUAAUUUAUAGUAUGUGUAAGAGUGUGUAUUUUUAAGUGCGUCUCUGCUAGUUUAGUACUUUAAUAAUGAAUAUAACUGUAUGUUUACAAAUUUAAAUUAAAAAAACAUCAGCAAAAAUCGAAAUAAACAAUUUUUUCGAGUA